UUCGGAAUUCAUCACAAACCCUGAACUACUCAGACGGCAGAAGCAGCCAUGGCGGAGCAAGGCGUCGAUCCCAUGGCUCCUCCGUUUCUCCACUUGCUUUCAGCGUUUCUCGCCAUGGAACCCACCCAUUGCCUCAUCUCCUUAGCCCGUGUUUGUGGUGGAGGUUUGAUUACUGAAGGAGUUCAGCGUUUCAUUUGGGACAAUUGUAUCAGCAAAGUUGAAAAAAGCCAUGUGCCUUACUCGAAGAAUUUUCUAAAGAAGCUUAUAAAUGAAAUUGAAUCAGCUCAUGGUGAUAUAUUGGAUGAAUUAUACGAACAAUAUGCCUCUUACAUGAUUUUGUUGAAGGAUGACAGGUUGGUGAAAGAAAACUCAAGGGUCUUGAAAUGCAUUUCAUUUCUUUUUCCUCCAGGCUGCUUUGGAGUCCCAAGUUGUCCAAAAUCAAUGCAACUGGCAGUUCCCCUGCACUGUUCACUCAACAUGCUUGAAGGAGAUACUGGGUGUUCCAUCUGGCCCUCAAGUCUUUUCUUGUCAGAGUUCAUUCUUUCUCAUCCAGAAAUAUUUUCUAAUAAAUCAUGUUUUGAGGUUGGUUCUGGUGUUGGUUUGGUUGGCAUUUGUCUGGCCCAUGUGAAAGCCUCCAAGGUGAUAUUAAGUGAAGGUGGCCUGUCAAGUUUAGCAAAUAUGAAGCUUAACUUGGAGUUGAACCAGUUGAACAACAGAAUGGAUGAUCCGGGGACAACUAAUCAAGAUCCAAAUUUGGUAAAAUGCAUUUUUCUGCCAUGGGAAUCUGCAGAGGAAAGUGAGCUCCAAAAUUUCAUGCCUGACAUCAUAUUGGGUGCAGAUGUAAUCUACAAUCCACUUUGCCUCCCACAUCUUAUCCGAGUUCUGGCUACUCUUUUGAACCAAACCAGAUCCUCGUCUCCUCUCCAGCAAGAUAAUUGUGUGGAAUUUUCACCAGAUAGCAGAUGUAUUAUGGAUGCUAGAGCUGAAGGUGCUGAUAUCCACAACCAUGAUCAUGGUAGUAGAUCUACUACCAAUGCGGAUGGUGGUGGUAAAAAUUCAGUCCCUGUGGCAUACAUUGCUUCCGUGAUUCGCAACAUUGAAACAUUCAAUUACUUCCUUGCAUUGGCAGAGGAGGCGAACCUGGAUGUCAAGGACCUGACUGAACAAUGUAAGCCAUUUGAUUUACUUCCUUAUAUGCAGUCAUAUGACAGAUCAAGUAUAAGGUUGUUUACUCUCUCAUACUUGCUCAUGGGGGACCCGGGAAAUCAAGAGAUUGAAGUGAUCCAUUCAUGGUCUGCUCCCAGAUCUAUCAGUACCGGCCUCAUGUACUCGUUUGCUCAGAGGGAUGAUUUUGAAGUGCUUGAUGAACCCCUCUAUGCAAAUUUUCUUCGGGUAACAGGUGUUGAAAGGCCCUACCGUGAGGAGCUUCUGUCCAAGAUGGAAUCUGAUGGAAAUAAAGUUGUAAAAGAGAUCAUUUUUGGUCCAGGAGGAAAGAAGUAUCGGUUCUGCAAGCAUAUGGCAAAACAAUAUGUACCUGGCUUGACAAAGGAUUUAAUGAAGAAAGGAAAGCACUUCAUAUUGAUACGGAAUCCCCUUGAUGUUCUGCCGUCCUUUGACAAGGUCAUACCUUCAUCCCUCAUGGAGCUUGGUUUGGCAGACUUGGUCUCUAUAUAUAGUGAACUGUGUGAUCUGGGAAAACCUCCACCUAUUAUUGAUGCAGCAGACCUUCAGCAAGAUCCCGAGGCUAUUUUACGGGGUCUUUGUGAAGACUUGGGUAUUUCUUUUCAACCUUCAAUGCUCAAAUGGGAUGCAGGACCAAAAUCAAUAGAUGGCAUUUGGGCUCCAUGGUGGUAUCAAAGUGUACACAAAUCAACAUGUUUCAAACCAGGAAGAAAGUAUCCUGCGCCAUUCCCUUUUUCUCUCUAUGACUUGCUGGAGCAGAGUUUGCCAUUAUACAACAUCCUUAGGCGCCAUGUCAAGCAGAGGGCAUCCCUUCGUAAGUCUACCUUGCCAAUUCCAGAUCUUCCUGUUCCUGAAAAUGAGAAGCUGCUUGCAUGGGUGGGGGAUGAAAUUGUACCACGUGAAAGUGCCAAGGUUUCGGUGUUUGACUCUGUUGUCCAAGGUGGUGAUUCAGUGUGGGAGGGGCUUCGAAUUUACAACGGGAAGAUAUUUAAGCUUGAAGAGCAUUUAGAUAGGAUGUUUGACUCAGCAAAAGCACUGGCUUUCAACAAUGUUCCAACUCGUGAAGAGAUUAAGGCAGCCAUCUUCACUACCCUUAAUAGGAAUGGAAUGUUUGAUAACACACACAUUCGACUGUCGCUGACACGUGGGAAAAAGGUUACUUCUGGAAUGAGCCCGGCAUUCAAUCUCUAUGGAUGCACUCUAAUUGUGCUUGCUGAAUGGAAGCCACCCGUCUAUGACAAUACAAAGGGUAUUACUCUGGUGACUGCUACUACACGUCGUAAUUCACCAAAUAAUUUGGAUUCAAAGAUUCACCAUAAUAACCUUCUUAACAACAUACUUGCAAAGAUAGAAGGGAAUAAUGCAAAUGCUGAUGAUGCAAUCAUGCUUGACAAGGAUGGUUAUGUUUCUGAAACAAAUGCUACAAACAUUUUCUUAGUGAAGAAAGGUCAUGUUCUGACACCUCAUGCUGAUUACUGCCUUCCUGGGAUAACUCGAGCUACUGUCAUGGACCUAGUGGUAAAGGAAAAGUUUCCUUUAGUGGAGCGGAGAAUCAGCCUAUCAGAGUUUCAUACUGCAGAUGAGGUAUGGACAACUGGAACCAUGGGAGAACUCAGCCCAGUUGUCAAGAUUGAUGGGCGCCCUGUUGGUGAUGGACAAGUAGGGCCAGUAACUCGACAUCUGCAAAAUGCUUAUAAAAAACUUACAGAAGAAUCAGGGGUUCCUAUACCCACUUCCGUCAGUUCUUGAAUGGCAGAGAGCUUUAGAAGGUCGUCAAACAAAGUGAAGGUUGGUGGGCGACGAAAGGAAGUUGCUUCCGAGUAUUCAGACAUUAAAGCUUUGGGAGCCUUCAGCUACCUAUCCAAAGAUCAUGUACGGAAGCUUCUCCUCCUAUUUGCCUCUCUUUGUGGUUGCAAUUUGCUCAACUCUUUAGUGUGGAAAACUUUUAAGAUACUCUAAAAUUCAGGACAUUAUCUUUUAUGGUAAGAUUAAAUCUUGCUUAUUGUUA